AUGUCUGAACCUUCUCUUCUUCUACGGAGCAAAUACGUUCCAGCGUCCUACUCCUUGCGUUUGGGAAUCGACAAUGCCAAACCAAACUACUCAGGACUUCUCCGGGUCGAUGUUUCGCAAAAUGCUCUCUACAAUGGUGAUGUGAAAGGCUUCUCCAUGUAUUUGCAUGCUCAUAGGCUAAUUAUCACAAAAGCCGAGUUGAACUUGCAAUCGGGAGAUGCGAUUAAGUUGCUGGUGAAAACAGACCGUGAGAAGCAAACAAUUGAAUUAUCUGCUGAAACGGAAGAGCCGCCAGUGUCGGUCACCAUCACGUACUUAGGAUCUAUUGCAACCAUCAGAACAUAUCAUGAUGAGACCUACGGAGUUUUCAAAACAAACUAUUCCGACUCGGUCUCGGGAAAAAGCGACAACUACAUCAUUGCUACGCAUGCUCAACCGUAUGGAAGUCGGUGCAUCUUUCCGGUGUUGGACGAGUUGGUACUUAAGGUCCAGAUCUCGCUCACCAUCCAGACCAAGUCUCUGUUUAAAGUGGUUUCAAAUGCGGCUUUGAAGUCGUCUCAUAUCAUUGAUAUGACCGAGGAUUCCUUAUAUGAGUUUGAGCCUACUCCACCCAUCCUGCCUGCUCAUUUUGGAUUCGCUUUGGGUGACUUUGAAGUCCUCGAGGACUCCUCUGCUCGAGUGCCAAUCCGCGUAUUGACCACGAAAGGCGACUCAUCGCAAGCUCGCUAUGCUCUUGAUGUUUCUGUUGCCCUCUUCCCGGUUUUUGAAGACCUCUUGGGCCAAUACCCAUUGACCAAAUUCGAUAUCGUGGCGCUUCCUUUCCUUGCGGAUGUAGUGAUGGAGAACUGGGGAAUGGUGACCGUUAUCCGUGACAAGAUUCUCAUUGAUCCUUACAAUGCCUCCUCUGAUGCCAAAUACACUAUAAGGCAACUUAUUGCUCAUCAGUUGACCCAUCAAUGGUUCGCUAAUUCCGUUUCUCUUGACGAUUGGAGGUGUCUUUGGUUUAUCGAGUCUUUCGCUACUUUUGUUGGUAAUUACGCUCUCUCUGUUAAGGGGAUUGAAGCUUCCGAUACUACUCUGUUUGAAGAACAGAAACUGUUUGCAAUUCAAGACUUUAUGGAUAUUGACUGUUUCAUCGACCUGCCUCUUCCAAGUCCUCAAGAAUACAUGAACGGCCUCGAUGUGUCAGCAGCCAUCAAAACCAACAACAUUUUUGAACAACAGGUGUAUGAUAAGGGUCUCAUUCUUUUGAACAUGAUUGCAACUCUAUUUCAAUUGGAGAAUAAAAGUUCAGAUUACACUCACUUCUUCAAGGCAUUCCGUGAAGUUACAAAGGAGUAUGAGUAUAAGAUUAUUAAAAUCUUUGAUAUCUGGAAUAUCCUCAACCGUCACACUUCAUAUGAAUUGUUGAGUUUUGCUCACUCCUGGUUUAGACAUGUGGGGUACCCUAUUUUGGAAGUGAAGGUGAAGAACAAUGCAAUUACAGUGUGUCAGAAUCGAUUCUUGUACAACAAUGACGCUCAAUCGCUCAAUCUCGAAAACUCGCCUUUCCAUGUCCCAUUAGCCACAAAAGUCCGCACCGACAAAGGUGACAUACAAAUAGCAAACUUGAUGUUGUCUGAUAGAUCUAUGGAUCUUGAGAUUCCCCCUUCGCAAUUGAUUUGUUUAAACUCGGGAAAUCAAUUUUACUACAAAACAGUUUAUUCUCUGGAGAUCUUGGACGUGCUUUUGAAGAAUGUUGCGGAGAAUAUUUUGAGAUCAUCAGAUCUAUUGGCCAUUAUUAGAGAUUAUGGUAAGAUUCUCGGUCAACAUACUUUCCACAGCGAUGCGGAUUUGUAUGGCUCGAGCCAGCUCAACUUCUUCAUCAAAUUGGCGAAAGUUCUUUCCUCGGAAUCAUGGAGUAUCGAUUUCGAAGUGUUGAAAGCAUGUUUAUCCUACUUGGAAAUUAUAAACUCCAUUUUUCUCCAUUUCACUGAGUAUACUCGGUUCCAAAUUUGGCUUGAUGGAGUGUAUUUCGACUUAUACAACAAGAUUGAUGGGUGGAACGCCGUAUUAGAUCUCAAGACAGGUGAUUAUGAUCCUACCGAGUAUGAAGUUCGCAACAUGAUCUUGCAGGGAGCUAGUAGUCACAAGGAAGUUCAGUCAGUUUGCAAAAAGCUUUAUAAGAAUAUGGUGAGCUCCGGUGUCUCACAAAGAUUUACAGCUAAAGAAUUGUUUCCGCUGAUUUUCAAUGUCACAGCAGCAAAUGCCAACAUGAAUGAAUAUAAACAAAUCAUGGCAUUAGCAAAGAACAGUGAUGUGUCGCUUUUGAAACAUUCUAAUGGCCUGGUUCAAGACCUUCAAACUGCUGCGGUCUCAUCCCUCGCCUUCUGCAAAAAGCCUGAUUUGCUUUCGAAAACUUUGCACUUCGUCAACAACAACAUCGACUCGAAGCUUAUCGAAUUGUGUUUACUCGGAUACAAGUUUCAUCAUUCAACACAAGCUAAGGAACAACUUUGGGCGUGGUACACUGUCAAUUACGAUCUGUGGGUAAAGAGGUCCUUGCGGAAAGGCUCAGAUUGGUCGAAACAAAUUGGCAUUGCUACCGGCAACAUCUCGAAUUUAGUCUUGGGCGAGGUAAUGCAGUAUAGAAUUGACGACGUGAAAGCCUUUGUGGAUGCAAAGGAGAAGUCGCUUCCCCCUCACAAACUUCAAGAAAGAUUUGAGAGAUUAGAAGCCGAAAAUGAGGAGAAAAGAGCCAUUGCUGAUCUCUACAAAGAUCUUUGUAUAUAA